CCAUGGCGCUCCGGGGCGCGGGAGAUUUGUAGACUAUGGCGGGAGCUUGGUCUGCGUACUGCGGUAGAGAAUGCUCCUCUGCUUCUUGUGCGUGUAACCACAAAGACAAAAGGAGCGACUCCUCGCUGUUGGGCCGGCGGCUCUUGGAAGACUCGAGCCGCCACCAGCUGCUGCAGAAGUGGACGAGCAUGUGGAGCUCGGCGAGCGGGGACGCGUCGGUGGCCGGGGCGGCGAAGGCGCGGAGCGAGGCGGAGGCGGCGGAGGCGGAGGCGGACAGCCCGCUGGUGUUCCUGUGCUCCGGCUGCCGGCGGCCGCUGGGCGACUCGCUGAGCUGGGUGGCCGGCCAGGAGGACACCAACUGCAUCCUACUGCGCUGUAUAUCCUCUAACGUUUCUGUAGAUAAAGAGCAGAAGCUAUCCAAAUGGAAAAAUGAAAAUGGUUGCGUUCUUGAGACUUUGUACUGUACCGGCUGCUCGCUCCUCCUCGGCUAUGUGUACAGAUGCACUCCCAAGCACUUGGAUUACAAGAGGAACUUGUUUUGCCUCAGCGUGGAAGCCAUUGAAAGUUAUACUUUGGGGUCCUCUGAAAAGCAAAUUGUGUCAGAAGACAAAGAGCUUUUGAAUCUUGAAAGCAGAGUUGAAAUGGAAAAGUCUCUAAAACAGAUGGAAGAGGUCUUGAAAGCGUUACAGACCAAGCUGUGGGAAGUGGAAUCAAAAUUGUCUUUUACCAGUUGCAACAGCUGAGCUCAGUUCCGUGUCCACCCCUCAUAUUCUUAGAGGAGGAGAUCUGUAGAGCUACUUCUGUAGCUCGGCUGCAGGGCUCCCGUGUUAGAAGUUUAAAGCUAUUUUCUGAUACUUGCUGGAAUUGGAGUUUAGGAGUUUUCAUUUUGAUAAGGAACUGAGAUUUUGUGUAUUAUUUUCUAUGUCGAAAUCAUUAUUCUUGACUUACUAUAUUCUUAGAAUUUGAUUUUACCGUUAAUACUUGGAAUAACAUUUAAUAAUGCAUGGUAAGAACUUAAUUUUUUCCCCCUACUGUGUAGUUGGGUCUUUGAAAACUAAUGUUUAAAGCUUUUUGGGGAAACUGGUCAGUUGAAUUAUUUGUUAAAAUUACUUGAAAACUUGUCUGAGAAUAGAAUAGCGUGUAUAUAUAUAUAUAUAUAUAUAUAUAUAUAUAUUAGGAUUCUACUUCAUGCUCUGUAUGCUAUUAUGUGCCUAAAAAAUCUGGAAGAAUACUUACACAGAGAGUCAGUCAUUUCUGAGGUUAGAAUUCUAGGGCAAUUUUUAGUUUUUUCACUUUCCAUAAUGCAAGACUUUUAUAGUUAGCAUGUUUGGUUUUGUUUUUUUGAGACAGGGUCUUGCUGUGUAGUUCAAACUGCCCUUGCACUGACUGUGUAGCCCAG